GGCAAGGGACCCGUUGUGCCCAUAUUCGUGCAUGCAGUGCGGGGGCUGGCUGCCGCUUGGCACGGGCACUGAGCCCGCUCAGGGGUUCAUGCCGUGCGCAACGUACACACACUGCUGCUUUAAUGCCGAGUAAAAGAAGGAAAUAAAGAAGAGCAAGUAGGUGGAAAACGCUUUGAACACGGCGUUCAUUAUCAACUCUCCUUCUCCGCGUUGCUGUCUUCUUUUGCCCUCAACUGCGACGGUUAGUUUUCAAUUGCGACGCGUAAAAAUAUGAGUUCAGCAGAGAACAAGAAGAGGUGUAUGGCGAUGGUGUUACUAAUGGUAGGCCUUUUUGGUCUCGUCAUUGCCCAGGACCAGUUCCUCUACGGCACCUUCCCGAAAGGUUUUCUUUGGGGCGCUGCUACAGCGUCCUAUCAAAUCGAGGGUGGAUGGAACGAGAAUGGGAAGGGCGAAAACAUUUGGGACAGAAUGGUCCACGCAUACGAUGGAGGCAUUAAAGACAACUCCACGGGAGACGUCGCAGCUGACUCUUACCACAAGUACAUGGAUGACGUAGCAGCACUUAAAGAAACUGGGGUGAAUUUCUAUCGUUUUUCUCUAUCAUGGUCUCGAAUUCUACCCACUGGCCGCAUCGAUCAGAUCAACCAAGACGGUAUUGACUACUACAAUAAGCUGAUCAAUGCUCUGCUAGACAAAAAUAUCUCCCCGAUGAUCACCCUCUACCACUGGGACUUGCCUCAGCCACUGGAGGACAUUGGAGGAUGGCUAAAUGAAGAAGUCGUUGAUAUUUUUGGAGCAUAUGCCAAUCUCUCAUACAGCAGCUUUGGGGACAGGGUUAAAUCGUGGAUCACCUUCAAUGAGCCAUUGGUGCAGUCACAUUUGGGCUAUGGCUUAGGGAUCUUCGCACCCCGUGUAAAAGGCAGUGGCAAAACUGACUACAUCGCUGCGCACAACCAAAUAAAAGCACAUGCCCGCGCUUGGCGCAUCUAUGACGCAGACUACAGGGCCACCCAAAAUGGUGAAGUUGGAAUCACUUUCAACUGCGCCUGGGAUGAACCAAAAACGCAAAAUCCUGAAGAUAUUGAGGCGGCCGAACGCGCCUUGCAGUUUGAGCUUGGUUGGUUCGCUCACCCCAUUUUCAGCGCUAAUGGAGAUUAUCCGCCGAUCAUGAAGGAGUAUAUCGCAAGUCGCAGUGCCAAAGAAGGCUACAAUAUGUCCAGGCUUCCCGAAUUUGGACAGACUUGGGUCAACUAUAUCAAAGGGACACAUGACUUUUUUGGGUUGAAUCAUUACACUUCCCGUCUGAUCUACAGAGUUAAAGGAGGGAAUGAGACUAGCUACGAAAAUGACCAGGACUUGGCCUCAAGCAGCGAUCCAAGCUGGCCUUCAUCAGCAUCUUCGUGGCUUAAGGUUGUCCCGUGGGGGUUUCGCAAAUUGGUGAACUGGAUCCAUAAAGAAUAUAACGGCGUCAGACUAAUUGUCACUGAGAACGGAUUUUCGGACCACGGACAGAUUAAAGAUGACGACAGGGCCAAAUAUUACACCAGCUACAUCAAUGAACUGAUGAAGGCCAUUAACUUGGAUGGCUGCAAUAUUUUCGGCUAUACCGCCUGGAGCAUCAUCGAUAAUUUUGAAUGGUCCUCUGGAUACACGGAAAAAUUUGGACUUUACAGUAUUAACUUCACCGAUCCAAGAAGACCGCGAUCAAGAAAAUUUUCUGCUGAGGUUUAUUCAAACAUUAUCGCAAACAAUGGCUUCCCCGCAUCAUCUACCAACAACAUGACAAUGUACCCGUUUAAAAUUCAAUUUCCCUCAAAGCAACAUAACCUGCAUGAUCACCUUUAGAGGUCCUAAAGAUAUAUCUUCAGUUAUGAAUUAACCUAACUGUUUUUAUGAGCUACAUUAUAUAAAAUAAUAAUGUUCAUUGAAAUAUUCAAAUAA